AUGGAUCUCAGCCAAAUCGCGUUGGCUUUGUAUACUGGGGGGGUAUUCUAUUGCCUCUUCAAAUUCAUAUCUUAUAGAAUUAGCAGCUCUAAAAAGCAGAGAGAGUUUUCGCAGCAGCAUGGAUGCGAACCUAUUCAGAUCAAAUACCCUCACAAGGAUCCAUUUUAUGGAAUUGAUCUACUCAUCAGUAACUUCAAGGCGUUCACUAAGCAUCGGUUUCUAGAAACAGUAACAAAACGGCACGAUGAAGUUGGGGAAACAUACCAGCUCAACAUGCUGGGGACAGUAGGCAUCAUGACCCGGGAUCAUGAAAUCAUCAAAACGGUUCUCUCUACCCGUUUCAAAGACUACAAUUUGCAAGAAGAGCGGAAGAAAGCUCUCCAUCCUUUAAUGGGAGCUGGAAUUUUUAGUUCAGAUGGCGCUGCUUGGACUCAUUCACGUGCUCUUCUUCGACCUCAAUUCGCUCGUAAACAACUCAUGGAUUUGUCAAUGCUAGAGACUCACGUCAAGCGCUUGAUGAACGUCAUCGUUAACGGGAAGGAGAUAGAACUCCAAGAGCUCGUACUGCGUUUUACUAUGGAUAUGGCCACCGACUUUUUACUGGGAGAGUCUACCAAUAGCCUACUAGAGGAGCAGCAUGACUAUCACAGUAAACUUAAGGGAUUUAAAGAAUCAAUUCAAUACGCACAAGACAGAAUAGCAACACAUAUCGCGUUGGGAAGAUUGGCUAUUCUUAAACCAGAUCCAAAGUUCCAGCAUCAUGUACACGUGGUACACAAGUUUGUCGAUGAACUCGUUCAUGACGCCUUGCGUGGCAACAGCUCGGAUUCCAAAGCACUCCCCUAUGUUCUCUUGCGAGCCAUAAUUGAAGAUACUCAAGAUCCGAUCCAGAUUAGGAAUGAAAUUCUCAAUAUCCUUGUGGCUGGCAGAGAUACGACUGCAAGCCUCAUCGCUAAUAUUUUUUUCAUGCUUUCGACGCGACCACAGAUGUGGUCAAUGCUACGCAAUGAAGUCGCACAAUUGCAAAAUGAGCCACCAACGUUUGACAAUAUAUCACAAUUCAGAUAUAUUCGCUAUACUAUUAAUGAAAGCUUACGCCUCUAUCCCCCGGUUCCGGUCAACUCACGAGUUGCAAUCUGUGAUACAGUCCUUCCACGAGGGGGAGGCCUGGAGGGGAAAUCCCCUCUAUUCAUCCCCAAGGGAACUCCGAUUGUAUAUAACGUAUUCGGUCUCCAUCGCAAACAGGAGGUAUAUGGCGCCGACGCUGAGGAAUUCAAUCCCUCGCGAUGGAAGUCGCUCCGGUUAUCGUGGGAGUUCCUCCCAUUCAAUGGCGGCCCUCGAAUAUGUAUUGGACAACAAUUCGCUAUCAUGGAGGCUAGCUAUGUGCUUAUUCGAUUUCUUCAAGAAUUUGAAACCAUUGAGUCGAGGGACUCUCGGCCGUGGCAAGAAAAUAUUGCACUAACAACAAGCAGCUUGAAUGGAGUGCGUGUAUCGUUGAAUCGCUCAAAAUAA